AUGAAAGAGGUUAAAUACUUGGCAAAACAGGUGAGUUUAGGGAUUACUGUUGUUUUAGGGGCCACACCAAAGGCAAAAAUUCAUCCUAUUAGGCCAGCUACUGAAGGUGUUGCAGCAACGACAGAACAACCUGCUCCAGAGGCUCAACCUUCUAGUGCUACCACCACUCCUACCACCACUGAUACUACCUCCACUACAACAACACCUGCCACCACAUCAACCGCAUCUGUUGCACUAGUUGUGUCAACAAUGCCUCCACCUUUGGUUACAACAACUGUCACUCCAUUUUCUAUUGUUUCACAGAUGCUUGAGCCUGCAAUGACUCCCACAACCAAAAUAUUAAUUAAUCAUAAUGUGGAGUCAAACUCAGACCAAGAGGAGGCUGAGCCAGCACCAAAGAAGGUAGAGUCUAAGAAGAGGAAAAAUAUGACUCCUUCUAGUGCAAAGAAAUGA